AUGGAAGAUGGCAGCCCGGAGAAGCAGCAUUCUGCACCAGAGGAAUCGGAGACAGAUAUCUCCUUGAGCCGCAAUGCCUCAGUCUACGAUGCCUGCGUCACUUGGGCCAAGUGGGAUGCUUGCAACUGCCCUCACAUUUUCCACGUGGUUAUCAGUGGAUUCGCACAAAGGCGACAGCAGCAGGAGGUCUGCGAGCAAACAGACCUCCUCGUUGUGAUCUCCCGCGCUUAUAGCUUGGAGGAAGCUACUGGGCCCUUGCAAUUUACUUGCACAAGCACCCCAUUUGAACACUAUCCUUUGUCUGCGUAUGCUUCAGAGCCCAAUGGCGGGGAGAUCGAGGUGGAAGUCUGCGAGGGACAGACGGUGACCAACACACGUUCAGAACAUCAGCCUAGAGGGGUGAUGUUUGGCACAUCGCGCCCUCCCCUGUCUGGUCGAGUUCUGAUGCGCAUCUUGCUUAAUCACAGACACUACGCGCUUGGAAUUGGGGUUGGGUCAGUGCACGCCGAUCCUUUCCAAGAUCCAGAGCAUGACGAUGGCUUCCUGGGCUUGUAUCAUGGCGGUCUUUCCACCAAUGUGUGCGCAUAUGCCGAGCGAACCUAUGAAUCCUCAGGAGGAAGUCGCGACUGGCAAGCGGAGACCAAACUUGCCAUUCUGUUCAACUUCGAUGAUGGGAGCAUGCAGUGUUUCGAGGGGCUGAAGCCAUUCGGCAAGCCAGUUGCGAUUAAGAGUGACGACUACCGACCCAUGGUAGUUUUGUGGUCGGAAGGCGAUUCCGCCAGUAUUGCAGUCGACUACAUUUGA